AUGGUUUGGGGUUACAUUGAGUAUGGGGGCGUGCGAGAGAUCUGCAGAGUAGAUGGCAACAUCAACAGCCUGAGGUAUCAAGACAUUCUUGCUGCCCAUUACAUACCACAGGAGAGGGACAUAGUGGGCACACCAGAGCACUACAGAGCGCACCACCGGAUUAUCCCUGCAUUGCUCCGCAGAGUGAAUGCCAGUGAGAGAUAUGUCACGGUUUAUCAGUACAUGAAUUGGACUGAAGCUCAGGGAUACUGCAGACAACAUUACACAGACCUGGCCAUUGUGAGGAAUGAGACUGAGAACCAGGAGAUUAAAUCAGUGUUUAAUAAUGCGUAUUAUUCCAUGUUUUGGAUCGGCCUGUACAGAACCAGAUCUUGGUCAGAUAAAAGCAACUCUUCAUUCAGCAACUGGAAACCUGGACAACCAGAUAAUUACAGACAGAAUGAAUCCUGUACUGCUGUGUCAUUUAAUGAUUCUGGGAAAUGGACAGAUGAAAAAUGUAGCCAAGUUUUUCCAUUCCUUUGUUACAGCACAAUGCCAUCAUUACCCUCUCAUCAGUAUCACUUUGUGAAUGAGAAUAAGACCUGGACUGAAGCACAGAGAUACUGCAGAGAGAAUUACACUGACCUGGCUACUAUUGAUAACAUGGAGGAAAUGAACACACUCCUUAACACAGUAAAUGGCAGCUACUCAGGUUUAGCCUGGAUUGGACUGUAUGAUUAUGAGGACAGCUGGAGAUGGUCUCUGGAUGAUGAUGCUUUCUACCAGGAGGGAGAGAGAGACUUCAGAGGAUGGGAACAUCAACCUGAUGACUAUAAUGGAAAAGAGCGUGUAUUUCCAUGAACAACAAAUGGUUUGACAGUCUUGUAAUGACAGAAAUCUAUUUGUUAUAAUGGUAAGAAUGAUAAACUGUGUGUGGGGAGAUUUGUGCAGUGUUUAAAGUUGCUGUUACAAACCCUUUUUGUACAUUAUAUCUAACCUCAUAUCCCCCUUGGAACCAGAGGAAACAGGUGAAAAUGGAUCAGACGGCGGAAGGACGGUCCUAACCACAUACUCUGCGCCAGUUCCGGAGAACGGCUCACCUUGCACAUUCUCUCUAUCAGUUAUAUCAGGACUAGAAAUGCCUUCCGCACCAACUAACACCGAGUCUCAAUCCGAAGCAACCAGAAUUUUUAAUUCAAGCAAAUGAUUCCACACAACAUCCUUAAUCUCUUUCUUAAGCGAUUGUCUCACUACCGGAAUUUGGAAAUGACUUGCAAUGGCUAGUAAAUCAUCCUUUCUACAUUUGUCAAAUAGCCCCACCGUGGGGUUAUCAACAAAAGGUUUUUAAAUCAAACGAAGUCAUGAUUACUACUCCUAUCCAACAAACAGCAACCCACAACUUUUCUAACACUCCCCAAACUGUACCAUCACAUGAUUUCCAGUACAUGAACAGUGCUUAAUUGUUCGGGACCAGCUGUUAUUUAUUAUUGAUCCCGGACGAGCCCCCACUAAUGUUACAAAUCCUUUUUGUAUGUGCCUAGGGGUCAAGGGUGCAACAUUAAAACACUGAACGUGUCCUUGAAAUAAGUACUAACUAGAAACCACCAAGUCCACAUAUAUACAUUAUAAUGUUUACAAAACUAUGUACAGUCGAGAAACAAACCCCAAAAUAAUUCACAUCAAAACAGGGACAAGAGAAAAGAACAAGACCGUGCCAACUCAGGGAAAGAAACAAAACAAAACAAUCUUACUAAACCGGAAACAAAACUUCUAAUCUAACUCAGUCACGAUAAACCAUACGUUAAACGAAAAGAAACAUCUUCAGCGGGCAAGACGCCCUAACUACAUUACACUUACUAGAAACAAAAAUACAAGGGGUGGCACGUGUCACUAACCUAGUGUUCUAAACAAGUAGCUGUGGCUCAGUGUUGCAUAUGUACAUCACGUGAUGUCUUACCUGUUCUAUCUCUUUCCCCGUUUAUGGUGUGAUUUGAUAUUUAAUCAGCCAGAUAACAGUCGGUAGGAAACAUCAGAGAGACAGGACCAGAAUGAGGCAUGGAACACUGAUACAGCACAGAACACAGACUUAACCAACAAAUUAACACAAGGAUGGUACAGGACAAAACAAAAACCACACGAGUCAACCACCAGACAAACAAAAGACGCCGCGUGCCAGAGAACUCCCGCCUCCUGCACAGGUGUGCCUUUUAAAUCCCACGUAGGGCGCCCCCAUUGGUGGAGCUGCACAUUGUCAUCACCAUGCAUCACGGUGAUUGGCAGACACACCCUGGCCUGUUAAAACAAAAGUGAGGGCAAAAGAGAAGGGAAGAAAAACAACAACAAUACGCCAUUCCAAAAAAACCGAACAAUAAUAUGGGGACGUAACAGUUGCUAUUAUAGCUGAUAUUGGCUUAUGAAUAUUAAUAAAAACACAUAAUUUGCCUAUAGGUGACUAUAACAAUGUUUUCAAUCUUAGGUACAAACAUAUAUGGUAAGAUUUAUAACAGCAUGACCUGGGAAGAUGCUCAGAGACUCUGCAGAGAAAAUUACAUAGACCUGGCCAGUGUGAGGAACAAGAAUGAACUUAAGCAGAUACGGAAUAUCAUGUAUGUCUAUGAGGUAUGGAUAGGUCUGUAUAGGAACCGAUUAUGGUCAGAUCAGAGCAACUCAAACUUUACAUAUUGGAGACCAGCAUUUCCAGCACUAGGACCAGAACCUGAUAAUGGUUUGAAUGUAUACUGUAUGAUCAAUAUGGAAAUCAACACUGCACAGCUGUGGAUCAUUCAGGCCGAUGGACAGAUGAAAACUGUUCAGACCGCUUACCUUUCUUCUGCUACACUGAAUUUACUCCAGCUGCUGUUAUGGGAGUGCGACUAAAAACCAGAUCUAAUGACAAUCUCUUAUACUCUGAGGUUGCAGGAUCUGUGCUGAUGGCACUUUAAGAACGAGUUAGCAGACUGGGACUUUCAAAGAACUGCACUGUGACUGUGAGACGCAUCCAUAAGAUCGAUCCAUGAGGGAGAAAGUCCACAUUCAUGCUCAGAUUAAAAAUAUGUUUAUGUUCCAGAUUUUUCUUCAUUUAUUCAAUCAUUCAAUCCAGAAGCAUUCAGGAAUGCUGUAGAGAUCUGUUCAUACAAAAAUACACAUCAUAUGCUACUUAUUUUAUCACAAGUAUUUUAUAAAUACUUUACAAUUCAUUUAAACACUCACACUACUGUAACUAAUAUAUUUACAGAUCUCAAAAGCUUCUUAAUGCCUUCUGGAUUUGACAAUAAUAAUGAAUUUAAUUAUAAUAUUCUAAUUAGUAAAUGAGUGUGAUUUACAUGUAAUCUUAUAUUUGGUGUUUUGGAAUUAAAUUUAUACUCGUAUAUUGUUUUUCCUCAAAUUAAUUUUAACCAAACUUGAUGUAUUACAUUUCCUGAUUUGCUCCAAUCACUUUGUUAACAGUUGCCUGUUUUAGGAACACUACAAGACUAUUUAGUAAU